AUGUCUAAGUAAAACUCUUUUUUAGCAAAUCCUUUGAAUGAUAGUUUAAGCGAUUUUAAUGCAAAAGACUAUAUAAGUGAUAAUUAGCCAAAUUCAGAUAAUGAUUAAGAUGUUUGUCCAAAAAAUCCAUUAGAAUCAGAUAAUGAAGAAAAUGAAGGAAAUGAAUCAGCAGUCUUAUAACAUUUAAUAGAUAAUGAUAGUAUGUGUUUUAAUAUAUCUAAUAAAUAGAUCAUUCAUCUAAAAGUGAUGGUGUUUCUAAUCCAAUGAUGGAAAUGGAUCCUAUCUCAUUAGAAAAUGUUAUCAACUAAAACUUUGCAUCAAUUGGAUAGCAAUAUCAUAUUUGUUAAACAAUUCUGGAUUGUAAUAAGACGAUUGAAUUGUAAUAGGAUUAGAAUCCAUUAUAUUCUUGUGAUGAAUUGUUAGAUCCAAGAUAAAGUAAUAAAGAAAAAUAAAAAGAUAUAAUAAAGAAUUAUGAAAGUUAGCUGCAAUAACUUUAAAAAGAGAACUAGCUAUUGAAAAGUAAAAUUAUCUAUAUUAAUGAUUCAAAGAUCAACUAAUAGAAAGAGAGACAAAUUUUUCAGAAUAAACAAAAUAAAAAGAUAAUGAAAUUGCAACAUUGAAUAAAUUAAAUAAAAAUCUUACAAAUGAGAAUACUUAAUUGAAAGAAGAUAUAUAGAAUUAAAAAAAUGAAAUUUAGUCUUUCAAAUAAAAAAUUCAUUAACUUUAAGCAGAAAAACUUAAAUAUCAUAGAUCUAAAACAGGUGCAGAAACAACAAGAGGAUAUUAUGCUUAAGUAUUAAUUAAUCAAUAUUAAGGAUUUGCAAUAAGCAACUAGUUUAAAUGAUUAAACAAUUGCUACUUUAAGUGCUAAUCAUUUAGAAAUAAGAAAAAUUCCAACAUUAAGUAUAGAUAUACCUUGUCCAUUUUCUGCAAAAUCUAAAAUAGAAAAAAGAAAUUAGUUCAAUUUUAAAAAUGGAAAAUCUGAUGCUAAUCAUUUAACAAGUAUUUCAGCAUUUCUAAUAUCUAAGCUGAGGAAUGUUAUACAUAAAGAUAACAAAAAAUACCCAAAAACUAAAGAUCUUUAUAAGAUUUAAUACACAAAGCAUAAAUAGGAAUUGCAUUUUCGAAAUCAAACAGUAUAAUUCCUAAAUAGUACUAUAGCUGCUUCCUUGUCAAAGGCUUAAGGUUAAGGGUAACUAUUUUUUGAAAGCAAAUCAACAAAAAACAAUCAGAAAAACACAUAGUUAGUCCCUAAAUAAUGA